AUGCAACAGUUGGUGUGGAAGGUCCUCUGCUCCUCACUGCUGUUUCUAGCAGUGGUGCCCUCUGUGCACUCACAGUCAGAUUGUUCUCAAGCCGAGUCAUGUGACCUGUGUGUUGGCACAUCCCUGCUCAACCUGACAGGCUGCGUCUGGAGGCUUUGUCCAAAUGGUAAUGACACAGGCAUGUGUGUGACUGAUGGGGGUGACUCGGCAGACAUCGCCAUGAACUGUACCUGGACUAGAAUGUCUGAGUUGUGCACAGUUGUGGAGAAUGUAGCUGAGGGAGGAGGUGAAGGUGACUCAGGUGAUGGAAGUAACACAAACUCAUCCCCAGAGUUCUCCCAGGCCAAGUUUGACAUGUCCAGUUUCAUCGGAGGCAUCAUACUGGUGCUGUGCGUGCAGGCAGGCGGCUUCUUCGCCAUGCGCUUCCUCAAAUCCAAAGAGCAGAGCAGCUACGACCCCAUAGAGCAGCCACAGUGAAGAAAAGAUCUGUGAAGGACAGUCAGGCGACAGUGGAGGACAGCAGAGCAGUGACUCAUCCAGUUCUGACGACAAGAGUGAUUUUAUUUUUUUUUUGA